UGGUCGCUAGGCGGGCUAGGCGCCGCCCCCUGGAGCCUGUGGCGCAGGCGCAGUGCAUCCUACCGCAGGCAGGGGGCGUCAACAUGGCGGAGGAGUAAGCGGUGACUGCUCUCAUCACAACAACGCCAGCUGCAGCCGCUGCAGGACCAUUCGCUCCGUUAUUUGGUGACACCUCUUACUCCAACCGGCAUAUCCCGCCGCCUGUCACCGGUGCUUCGCCAGCUUCCGUGGCUUGCAUCCCGCUGGGCUUGUGGUGCAUGAGCCGGUGUCAGGCAGGUGGUCUCUGGAGGGUGAUGGAGGGGGGCUCGGUGUGUGAAGAAUCCCGGAAAACGGGGAGCAGCCAGUGAAAGCGGCCUCCUCCUCAUAUUUCAUCACCAGGACUAGUUUAAGUCCUCAUUGUGACUGAGCAGUAUUUUUGUCGGGUGUUGUUUCGGGGCCCGGCGGGUGACUCAGCCCUCCCUGGAUCGCAGUCGUUAUCCUCAGGACUUUAUCCCGGCGCUAGGUGACGGCAGCCAUCGCAUCGGGUGGCUGUGAGGGGGGGAAGUGAUGGCCAGUGACAAGCCGCUGGCUGGGGCCGUGUGCCCGGAGCCCCCCGGAGUCUCAGCGGGCACGGGCUCCAUGGUGCUGCCCGGCGGGGUCAUCAACCCGUCCGUACCCAUACGCAACAUCAGGAUGAAAUUCGCCGUCCUUAUCGGGCUCAUUCAGGUCGGGGAGGUCAGCAACAGGGACAUCGUGGAGACCGUGCUCAACCUGUUGGUUGGUGGAGAGUUUGAUCUGGAAAUGAACUUUAUUAUUCAAGAUGCAGAAAGCAUAACCUGCAUGUCGGAGCUUCUGGAACACUGUGACAUCACGUGCCAGGCGGAAAUAUGGAGCAUGUUUACAGCCAUCCUACGGAAGAGUGUCCGUAACCUGCAGACCAGCACAGAAGUCGGCCUCAUUGAGCAAGUGCUGUUGAAGAUGAGUUCUGUAGAUGACAUGAUUGCAGAUCUCCUGGUUGACAUGCUGGGGGUCCUGGCCAGCUACAGUAUCACCGUCAAGGAGCUGAAGCUCCUGUUCAGCAUGCUGCGGGGAGAGAACGGCAUCUGGCCAAGACAUGCGGUUAAACUGUUAUCAGUCCUCAAUCAAAUGCCACAGAGACACGGACCUGACACGUUUUUCAACUUCCCAGGACGGAGCGCUGCUGCUAUUGCGUUGCCUCCCAUUGCUAAGUGGCCUUACCAAAAUGGUUUCACUCUAAAUACGUGGUUUCGCAUGGAUCCGUUAAACAAUAUUAACGUCGACAAGGAUAAGCCUUACCUCUAUUGUUUCCGCACAAGUAAAGGUGUUGGUUAUUCAGCUCACUUCGUUGGUAACUGUUUGAUCGUGACUUCCCUGAAAUCUAAAGGAAAAGGUUUCCAGCACUGUGUAAAGUACGAUUUCCAGCCGCGCAAGUGGUACAUGAUCAGCAUUGUUCACAUCUAUAACCGUUGGCGGAACAGUGAAAUUCGCUGCUAUGUGAAUGGCCAGCUGGUGUCCUAUGGUGACAUGGCGUGGCACGUCAACACCAACGAUAGUUAUGACAAAUGCUUUCUUGGAUCGUCUGAAACAGCCGAUGCAAACAGAGUGUUCUGCGGUCAGCUCGGGGCUGUUUAUGUGUUCAUCGAAGCUCUCAACCCGGCCCAGAUAUUUGCGAUUCAUCAGCUUGGACCAGGUUAUAAGAGUACUUUCAAGUUUAAGUCUGAGAGCGAUAUCCACCUUGCCGAGCACCACAAACAGGUUUUGUAUGAUGGGAAGCUGGCAAGCAGUAUAGCAUUUACUUAUAAUGCAAAGGCCACUGAUGCUCAGCUCUGCCUUGAAUCGUCGCCAAAGGAAAAUUCCUCCAUUUUUGUCCAUUCUCCGCAUGCUUUAAUGCUUCAGGAUGUAAAGGCUAUAGUAACGCACUCUAUACACAGCGCCAUUCACUCCAUCGGUGGAAUCCAGGUUCUUUUCCCACUCUUCGCGCAGCUGGACAAUCGGCAAUUGAAUGACAGUCAAGUGGAAACCACCGUCUGCGCUACUCUCCUGGCUUUCCUGUUGGAGCUUUUGAAGAGUUCCGUGGCCAUGCAGGAGCAGAUGCUUGGUGGAAAAGGCUUUCUAGUCAUCGGCUACCUCUUGGAAAAGUCCUCAAGGGUUCAUAUAACCAGAGCCGUUCUGGAGCAGUUUCUGUCGUUUGCAAAGUACUUGGAUGGCUUGUCUCAUGGAGCACCUUUACUGAAGCAGCUGUGUGAUCAUAUCCUUUUCAACCCUGCUAUCUGGAUACACACUCCGGCGAAGGUUCAGCUUUCCUUGUACACCUAUUUAUCGGCUGAGUUUAUCGGCACAGCUACCAUCUACACCACCAUCCGCAGGGUGGGCACAGUAUUACAGCUAAUGCAUACUCUGAAAUAUUACUACUGGGUUGUGAACCCAGCAGACAGCAGCGGGAUUAAUCCAAAAGGCCUCGAUGGAUCCCGUCCCUCUCAGAAGGAAAUAAUUUCAUUACGAGCGUUUAUGCUGCUAUUUCUGAAGCAACUGAUUCUUAAGGACCGAGGUGUCAAAGAGGAUGAGCUCCAGAGCAUAUUGAACUACUUGCUAACCAUGCAUGAGGAUGAGAAUAUCCAUGAUGUCCUGCAGCUGUUGGUGGCGCUAAUGUCCGAACAUCCCGCUUCAAUGAUACCUGCAUUCGAUCAGAGAAAUGGAAUACGGGUUAUCUACAAGUUACUGGCGUCUAAAAGUGAAAGUAUCCGUGUUCAAGCACUGAAGGUCCUGGGCUAUUUCCUAAAACAUUUGGGUCACAAGAGGAAAGUUGAGAUCAUGCAUACCCACAGCCUCUUCACUCUGCUCGGAGAGAGGUUGAUGCUACAUACGAAUACCGUGUCGGUUACAACGUAUAACACGCUCUACGAGAUUUUAACAGAGCAGGUGUGUACCCAGGUUGUUCACAAACCUCACCCGGAGCCCGACUCGACGGUGAAAAUUCAGAAUCCAAUGAUUUUGAAGGUCGUUGCAACUCUGCUUAAAAAUUCCUCUCCAAGUUCCGAAUUAAUGGAAGUACGGCGCCUGUUUCUGUCCGAUAUGAUAAAACUUUUCAGUAACAGCCGAGAGAAUAGACGAUGUCUUCUCCAGUGUUCUGUGUGGCAGGACUGGAUGUUUUCUCUUGGGUAUAUCAACCCUAAGAACUCUGAGGAACAGAAGAUCACUGAGAUGGUCUACAACAUUUUCCGAAUACUUCUGUAUCAUGCGAUAAAGUAUGAAUGGGGUGGCUGGAGAGUCUGGGUUGACACCCUCUCCAUAGCUCAUUCCAAGGUCACUUAUGAGGCGCACAAGGAAUACUUGGCAAAAAUGUAUGAGGAAUAUCAAAGACAAGAAGAAGAAAACAUCAAGAAGGGGAAGAAAGGUAAUGUUAGCACUAUAUCAGGCCUUUCGUCUCAGGCAGCCGCUGCUAAAGGGGGUCUAGAAAUCCGGGAUAUAGAAGACCUGUCACAGAGUCAGAGUCCAGAAAGUGAAACGGAUUAUCCUGUUAAUGCAGACACUAGAGAUUUGCUGAUAGCCACCAAAAUAUCUGAUGAUGCUCUGACGAGUUCAGAUCGGCCGACUGGAGGGGUGCGCGUAGAAGUUCAUGACCUUCUGGUUGACAUCAAGGCAGAAAAGGUAGAAGCCACAGAAGUAAAGCUUGAUGACUUGGACUUAUCUCCUGAAACGCUAGUGAGCGGAGAAAACGGCGCUCUUGUUGAGGUAGAGUCAUUGUUGGAUAAUGUCUACAGUGCGGCUGUUGAAAAGCUCCAAAACAAUGUUCAUGACAGUGUUGGAAUUAUCAAAGAAAAUGAAGAGAAGGAUGGUCCUCUAAUAACACUAGCUGAUGAGAAAGACCAAACCACACCAAAUAAUACCUCAUUUCUUUUUGAUAAGAUGACACAUUCAGACGACAAACUUUUACCCGAACUGACUGGUGGUAAUCACAUUACCAUCGCAAACGUCCAGGAUUCCCAUGUACACAUCGGUGUUAAUGAUGACCUUGGUCUGCUUGCGCACAUGACCGGGAGCUUGGACCUCACCUGUGCAUCUGGUGUAAUGGGGGAAAAAGAUUUCAAGAUACAUACGACAGCUGAUAGCCUGAGCGGUAUCUCUGACAGGGAGUUAGCCUCCUCUUCAAAAGGACUAGAGUAUGCCCAGAUGACUACCACGACUCUCGAAAUAGAGUCUUCCGGAAAUAAAGCUAUUGCAAAUAUGGAUGCAAGUAGCACUGUGUCUGACACGGAGAGGUCUGAUGAUGGCAGAGAACUGGGAAAGGAGAUCAAGAAGAUCCAGACUACGGCUACUACAACACAAGCCGCCCAGGGAAGGUCAAUCAGUCAGCAGGAGCGUGACCUGCGGGUUGACUUGGGAUUCCGAGGGGCGCCAAUGACUGAGGAGCAGCGCCGCCAAUUUAGUCCUGGACCUCGCACCACAAUGUUCCGGAUCCCUGAAUUCAAGUGGUCCCCAAUGCAUCAGCGACUUCUGACAGACUUGUUGUUUGCCCUGGAGACAGAUGUGCAUGUCUGGAGAAGCCAUUCUACCAAGUCUGUCAUGGACUUUGUCAAUAGCAAUGAAAACAUCAUUUUCGUCCACAACACCAUCCACCUGAUUUCCCAGAUGGUUGACAAUAUCAUUAUAGCUUGCGGAGGAAUCCUGCCUUUGUUGUCUGCCGCCACAUCCCCGACUGGUUCUAAGGUUAGUAUAUCUGAUACCGAGUUAGAGAAUAUUGAAGUGACGCAAGGAAUGUCUUCGGAGACUGCAGUCACUUUCCUGGGACGUCUAAUGGCCAUGGUGGACGUCCUGGUUUUUGCCAGCUCCCUAAAUUUCAGUGAAAUUGAAGCAGAGAAGAACAUGUCUUCUGGUGGACUAAUGCGACAGUGUCUGAGGCUUGCUGUCAGAAACUGCUUAGAGUGUCGACAGCGACAGAGGGAGAGGGGGACCAAGCCUUCCAUGUCCAGCAGUAAGGUCCAGGACACCCUCCAGAACAUAUCUGCUUCGGGUGCAGCAAAGACUCCUGUGGAGAGCGUUCCCAGUAAUCUUUCACCAAUUAAGGAUCCUGAUCGACUUCUUCAGGAUGUUGAUAUCAAUCGUCUGCGAGCAGUGGUUUUCCGCGACGUGGAUGACAGCAAACAGGCUCAGUUUUUAGCAUUGGCCGUCGUUUACUUCAUAUCUGUUCUAAUGGUCUCAAAAUACCGUGAUAUAUUAGAGCCUCAGCGAGAGACCGCACGUUCUGCAAACCAAGCUGCAAGGAACAUCAGACAAGAAAUUAAUUCACCUACAAGUACAGAUACACCUGCCUUGUUCUCCGACAUCAAAGAGAAAGAAACUCCAACACCGAUCGAGGAGCUGCACCUGGAGAGCUCCAUCCCUCACACAGACUCUGGUAUUGGAGAAGAACACAUUAGUAGCAUCUUAAAUGGAACUGAUCUAGAUACCAGUUCCAGCCCAGAUGUCAUGGGUGAGCUCUUGUCUACCCUGUCGUCUGAUGUGAAGAAAUCGCAGGAGAGUUUAACAGACAGCCCCAGUGAAAUGCUGAAGCCAGCCUCAUCCAUAUCUAGCAUCAGCCAAAGCAAAGGCAUCAAUGUAAAAGAGAUCCUGAAAAGUCUCGUGGCUGCCCCGUUUGAAAUAGCAGAGGCCGGCCCUGACCCUGUCCCUUACCCAGACCCCGUAUUAAAGAGGGAGGCCCAGGCGGUUCUUCCCAUGCAGUUCCAUUCUUUUGACAGGAGUGUGGUGGUACCUGUGAAAAAGCCACCUCCCGGGAGCUUAGCUGUAAACACAGUUGGGACCACCAGUGGCGGGGGUCUAACACCCAGCACCACACCAAAUAUAUUUGCUGCUCCUGGAGCAACUCCUAAAAGUAUGAUCAAUACAACAGGUGCUGUUGAUUCUGCUUCCUCCUCUUCCUCGUCAUCAUCUAGUUUUGUAAAUGGUGCUACAAGCAAAAAUCUCCCUGCAGUGCAGACGGUGGCCCCCAUGCCAGAGGACUCUGCUGAGAACAUGAGCAUCACAGCCAAGCUAGAACGAGCUUUGGAAAAGGUGGCUCCCCUCCUGCGUGAAAUCUUUGUUGAUUUUGCCCCGUUCCUGUCUCGGACGCUGCUUGGGAGUCAUGGACAAGAGCUCUUAAUUGAAGGCCUUGUUUGCAUGAAGUCCAGUACAUCGGUGGUGGAGCUGGUAAUGCUGCUUUGCUCGCAGGAAUGGCAAAAUUCCAUCCAGAAGAAUGCCGGACUUGCGUUUAUUGAGCUCAUCAACGAAGGAAGAUUAUUGUGCCAUGCUAUGAAGGACCACAUCGUGCGUGUUGCCAAUGAGGCCGAGUUUAUUUUAAACAGACAGCGGGCAGAGGAUGUGCACAAACACGCAGAGUUUGAGUCUCAAUGUGCGCAGUAUGCAGCCGACAGGAGAGAAGAGGAGAAGAUGUGUGAUCAUCUUAUCAGUGCUGCCAAACACAGAGACCACGUCACCGCUAAUCAGCUCAAGCAGAAAAUUCUCAACAUAUUGACCAAUAAGCAUGGAGCGUGGGGCGCCAUCUCUCAGAGCCAACUCCAUGACUUCUGGAGGUUAGAUUACUGGGAGGACGACCUCCGAAGGCGCAGGCGUUUUGUGCGGAAUGCAUUUGGAUCGACUCAUUCAGACGCUCGGCUAAAAUCCGCCAUUGAAUACGGCACAGAUGAAGAUGUCAUGAAAUCAAAGAAGACUUUCCGAAGCCAGGCUUCCGUGAAUCAGAACGCGGAGACUGAGCUAAUGUUGGAAGGAGAUGAUGAUGCCGUGAGUCUGCUGCAAGAAAAGGAAAUAGACAACCUUGCAGGUCCGGUUGUCCUCAGCACCCCCGCUCAGCUCAUCGCGCCGAUUGUGGUGGCUAAAGGCACCCUGUCCAUCACCACCACCGAGAUCUACUUUGAGGUGGACGAGGACGACCCCGGCUUCAAAAAGAUCGACCCCAAAGUACUCGCGUACUCAGAAGGCCUACAUGGAAAAUGGAUGUUCAGCGAGAUUCGCGCUGUCUUCUCCAGACGCUAUCUCUUGCAAAAUACCGCUUUGGAGGUGUUUAUGGCGAAUCGCACCUCGGUUAUGUUCAAUUUUCCUGACCAAGCCACGGUCAAAAAGGUAGUCUACAGCUUGCCUCGGGUUGGAGUUGGUACCAGUUAUGGCUUGCCGCAAGCAAGGAGAAUAUCUCUGGCCACGCCGAGGCAGCUGUUUAAAUCUUCCAACAUGACGCAGCGCUGGCAGCGCCGCGAGAUCUCCAACUUUGAAUACCUGAUGUUCCUUAAUACCAUAGCAGGGCGAACUUACAAUGACUUGAACCAGUAUCCGGUGUUUCCAUGGGUGUUAACAAAUUACGAAUCUGAAGAGCUGGAUUUAACUCUGCCAGGAAACUUCAGGGAUCUUUCAAAGCCUAUUGGUGCAUUGAAUCCAAAGAGAGCCGUGUUUUACGCUGAGCGCUAUGAGACUUGGGAAGAUGACCAAGCUCCCCCGUACCACUACAACACCCAUUACUCCACCUGCACCUUUACGCUUUCCUGGCUUGUUCGGAUCGAGCCUUUCACCACGUUUUUCCUAAAUGCCAAUGAAGGCAAGUUUGACCAUUCAGACCGAACGUUUUCUGCUGUUGCCAGAUCAUGGAGAAAUUGCCAAAGAGACACGUCAGAUGUGAAGGAGCUGAUUCCUGAGUUCUACUACCUGCCAGAGAUGUUCGUCAACAACAAUGGAUAUAAUUUUGGCGUGAGGGAAGACAAUGUUGUCGUCAAUGAUGUCGACCUUCCCGCAUGGGCAAAAAAUCCUGAAGACUUUGUCCGCAUCAACAGAAUGGCUCUGGAAAGUGAAUUUGUGUCAUGUCAGCUGCAUCAGUGGAUAGAUCUCAUCUUUGGUUACAAGCAGCGGGGCCCGGAAGCUGUGCGCGCGCUAAAUGUCUUUCACUAUCUAACGUAUGAAGGCUCCGUGAACUUAGACAGUGUCACUGAUCCUGGGUUACGAGAGAUUCCUGAAGCAUAUUUUAUAAGAGAUCCCUACACUUUCCUUCUUACUGGGGAUUUUGUGAAGGCCAUGGAGGCACAGAUACAGACUUUUGGACAGACGCCAUCUCAGUUGCUUAUCGAACCACAUCCGCCUCGAAGCUCUGCCAUGCACCUGUGUUUCCUUCCGCAGAGUCCGCUCAUGUUUAAAGAUCAGAUGCAGCAGGAUGUUAUAAUGGUGCUGAAAUUUCCAUCCAAUUCACCAGUUACACAUGUCGCCGCCAACACACUGCCCCAUCUCACCAUCCCAGCGGUGGUGACUGUGACCUGCAGCAGACUGUUUGCCGUAAAUAGAUGGCACAAUACCGUCGGCCUGAGGGGAGCCCCAGGUUACUCACUGGAUCAAGCCCACCAUCUGCCCAUCGAAAUGGAUUCAUUGAUUGCCAACAACUCUGGAGUUAACAAGCGCCAAAUCACAGACCUUGUGGAUCAGAGCAUUCAGAUCAAUGCGCAUUGUUUCGUGGUCACCGCUGAUAACCGCUACAUUCUCAUUUGUGGCUUCUGGGACAAGAGCUUCAGGGUAUAUUCAACAGAAACAGGAAAGUUAACCCAGAUUGUCUUUGGACACUGGGAUGUGGUCACCUGUCUUGCAAGGUCCGAGUCGUACAUAGGUGGAGACUGCUAUAUUGUGUCAGGCUCUCGUGAUGCUACACUACUACUGUGGUAUUGGAGCGGGAGACACCACAUCAUUGGAGACAACCCAAAUAACAGUGAUUACCCAGCUCCAAGAGCUGUCCUCACCGGGCACGACCAUGAAGUUGUUUGCGUAUCCGUGUGUGCCGAGCUGGGUCUUGUUAUCAGUGGAGCUAAAGAAGGUCCAUGUUUGGUUCAUACGAUCACCGGAGAUUUACUCAGAGCAUUGGAGGGACCAGACAACUGCUUGUAUCCACGUCUAAUUUCGGUUUCCAGUGAGGGUCACUGUAUUAUAUACUACGAGAGAGGCCGCUUUUGCAACUUCAGCAUUAAUGGCAAACUUUUGGGCCAGAUGGAAAUCAACGACUCUACCAGGGCUAUCCUACUGAGCAGCGAUGGGCAGAAUCUGGUGACCGGAGGAGAUAAUGGAGUUGUAGAGGUAUGGCAGGCCUGUGAUUUCAAGCAGCUCUAUAUAUAUCCUGGAUGCGACGCAGGGAUUAGAGCAAUGGAUUUGUCACAUGAUCAGAGGACACUGAUUACUGGCAUGGCAUCUGGUAGCAUUGUAGCUUUCAAUAUAGAUUUUAACAGAUGGCAUUACGAGCACCAGAACAGAUACUGAAGCGGACAGAAGUGCUGAAAGCCAAGUUGGAGCUCAGAGCACAAGAGGUGCUGAGGACAGGCAUUGUCAUCUCUGAUGGAGAAGAGAGCCUACAUUGACCUCCGUUGUACAUUCCAUUACACUCAGCAAUAGCUGUACAUUGUAGUCAGCAACCACUUUCCUUUCUGUGUCUUUUCCACAACUGAACACCAGCUUCUAACAAGCAAGCUUGUACCAUGUAAAAUAGGAGAGAUUGGAGAUGUUUGGUAACCUUAUUUCAACAUUAUUUAUUUUAUGAAGAAGGUGGAAGGAUGCGUUACAAAGAAACAAUAGACUUGUUAACUUUACAAAUCCUUGUGUCCAGCUGUUACGGUGUUUAAUCCACAAAUCUUACAUCCCAUUUCCAGUCUCUUUUCAAGCUGUGAAAAAAAAAUAAACAAAAUAGAAAAAAAUAUGUUUGAUACUUUGUACAUCAGAUGCACAUCUUAACUUUAAAAGGGAUACUUUUGUAAAAGUAAAACCUUGUAUAAUGAACAAAAACAAAAAAUGUUUCUAAGUUUUAUUGUGAGGCUACAAUGUGCUCGUACUGUAUACCCGAGAUCGUGAUGGAACAGGUAUAUCACGGGAAAGAGAAGGGCGCAGCUUGUAUUGCAAAGGUUGAAUUUGGGUUUAGCUGAUAAUUUUAACAUUUUACACCAAAAUACGCUUUGCACUUUUUUCUUUCAUCUCCCUUCUUAGCAAAAUCCCUUAAAUGUUCUAAACUUAGGGAUACAAAGCCAUGGUUUGCCAUAUAUCUUUCAGAAGAGACAUGUUUGCUAUAGUGCUUCUCUUUAUUUAUAACUGUGAUGGAGUGCGGACAACAUACCCUUGGAUUUUCAGAGGAAGAAUCUUACAUUUCAUUGUGCGAGCGGCACUAACCCUUCUACCUUAGACAGGUAACCGGGUGAAGAGGCUCACAUUUCAUUAUUUUAAUAAUUAUUUCUUUUGCUUUUUUGAUCUUAGGCAUUAGUAUAAAAUAAUUGGUUUGAAAUCCAUCAAGAGAUUGUGGCUGCCUCACCUACAGCCACGUUGCCGGCCUAACACUGCCGUGUCAGAAUAUUGUCCCGCACAUUCUACUGUUCAAUUGCCACUCCCAGGGGUAAAUUCUUUGUUUCUUCUCUGUAUAUUUGGUGACUGUAAUUGUCAUAGAUGUACAUAUUGUGUCGGUAGGGCUCUGAGGCAUGUAACAGGAAUGUAAUUUUCUCAGAAUUUACACUCACUUGCAGUCAUUUUAUUUAUAAAGGAAAAAAAAAAAAAUCAAACGAAAUAACGGAUUAUUUGUAUUGGCACUUUGCACCGGAAAACAUAUCAUUAUUUAUUGAUGUGGUUAAUUAUUUGUCUCCACCUUGUAUUAGUACAUUUUACCACUGAGUUUCUUCUACAUUGCUGUUUGUAUUAAAAUUUGAAAAAAAAAAUGAAAGAAAAGAUUCUGAAAAAAUGUUUUUGAGGAAUCGCCGUAAAUAUUAAGUUAUUCAUCACCAGUCUGUAAGCAAUAUUUUGAGUUGUAGCUUAGAAUAGGAGAAUAUUGAACACCUGGAACACAAGUUUCAUCUUAAAUUCAUGGUGAGAUAUUUUGGAUAUAUCAAUUCCUUAAGCUAUUGUAACCAUGUUUUAUUGCAAAGAUGUAAUAUAUGCCAGAUGUGUUCAGUUGGAAAUAAAAAAAAGAAAAAUAAAAUAUGCAAAUAACUCA